AGUACACGUGCUGACACCGGAAGUAGAUUGAGUUUCGUAUUGGUGUUUUUACCCGUCUUGUUAGAGAGCGCCCGUUACUACCGAAGCGAGUGUGGAUGUGAUGACGUGCUGUGAGCGGCCGCCGGCAGCUGGAUUUUAAGACCGUUUUGUUGCCCCACCAGACAAUGAAUAAUAACAGCCUUUUUGAUGGCCAGCAAACCUCAAACUCCAAAACGCAAAAUCAGAACAUGUUCAUGUUUGGGCAGACAUCAUUAUUUGGCCAGAAUGCCCAGACUCAGUCGGCCCCUGCGUUUGGACAGUCAACUAUGGGCCAGUCUACUCCCUUGUUUGGACAACAGUCCUCUACCUUUGGACAGACUAACCCAGCUCAGACCACAUCAGCAUUUGGCCAGGCAAGUGGUGGGCUUUCAGCACCAACAUUUGGACAGGGUUCUGCUGGUCCAACUGCACCAGUGUUCGGGCAAGCUGCUUCUGGCCAGCCUGGUUCUGUAUUUGGACAGGCCACUGCUGGACAGUCUAAUUCUGUGUUUGGUCAAGUCACUUCUGUGCAGCCUGCUCCCACAUUUGGUCAAACAACAUCUGUUUCUACCUUUGGACAAGCAGCUUCUUCAGCAUUUGGACUAGCAACUUCUGGACAGACUGCUCCACUGUUUGGACAAUCCAGUUCUGGGCAGUCUAAUCCUUCAUUUGGGCAGGCCACCACUCAGUCAGCACCUGCUUUUGGACAGGGCACUUCUGGUCAGUCCACAUCUGUGUUUGGACAAAGCACUUCUGGUCAGUCUACAUCUAUGUUUGGGCAGGCCACAUCUGGUCAGUCUAUAUCUGUGUUUGGACAGGGCACUUCUGGUCCAACGGUACCUGCAUUUGGGCAGGCUUCUCCUGGACUGUCUGCUCCAACAUUUGGACAAGCCACAGCUGGGCAGUCUGGCUUUACAUUUGGAGCGACUGCCAGUAAUCAGUCUUCUACUCCCUUUGCACAACAAUCUACAGGACAAACAGGUUCAGUGUUUGGUGUGGCAACUUCCAGGCAGUCCUCUUCCGUCUUUGGACAGGCAGCCAAUACACAGUCAGUACCUGCGUUUGGACAGACAUCUACUGGACAGACAGGGCCCACAUUUGGACAAGGCAGUACCAAUCAAUCCUCAAUAUUUGGGCAGUCUACCACUAGUAACUCUGCAUCUCCUUUUUCCCAAGUACCGUCUAGCCAAUCUACAUCCCUCUUUGCCCAAGCCACUACUAACCAGCCUACAUCUUUCUUUACACAACCUACUACUAGUCAGCCAGCCUCCCCUUUUGGAAGCAGUGUUUCAGCUUUUGGGCAGGCAACAUCUGGAGCAUCUGCAGCAGCAUCCAGGCAGUCUGAAGAUGGAUCAAGUCAGGCUUCACAGUUUGGACAGCAAUCUCCCAGUAAACGAUUUUUGCUUGGCCAGACAACCUCAAGCCAGGCAUCUUUGUUUGGGCAGAAUACAAGUGGGCAAAGUUUUGGUCAGACAGGCUCCAUCCAACCUGGUCAAGAAGGAAAAAGCCAGAUUUCUGGCUUUGGACAGGUAAACAUUGGAAAGAGUAAUUUUUUUAGCCAGCCAUCUGGCUUCCAGUCUGCAUUUAAUAAACAUGAAUCUGUUGCUCCCUCUGAAUUUGGGCAAGCUCAGCCUGCACAACCAUCCACGUCUGCAUUUGGAAAUGCACAAUCUACACAUUUACACAAGGUAGAAGAGACAGAGAAAACAGUCUUUAGUCAACCAUCAAAUAUUUCCACUGGGCAGACUGCAAGUGUGUUUGGCACUAACACACAGAUAAGUACCAGUUCUAGUAUUGCAGACUUCAAAUUUCCCACAAGUAUGUCAGCAUCACCUUUUGCACAGGGUUCACCCAGUUCUGAGCACAGUUUCAAACCUCCUGCUCAUACAACUUUCAAGCCAAUCUUAACUGGUACAAGUAAGUCUGAUGAAACCACCACAUCUUCAUUUAGCAUGUCAACUAAAAAUGAGUCAAAAGAUCAACCAAUAUUUGGAGUUUCCACAGCAUCUUCUACAUCAGGGAAUGUUAACUUCUUCUCUUUGUCUUCAGAGAAGAUAAGCAAAGGUGAAACUGGAACAUCUAGACCUUUAUUUGCAAGUGCUAAUAGUAGCUUUUCUAGUUUUACUGAAGAACCGAGAGGAGUAAAGCGUAAAGAGGAACAAGAUAGUUCUCCACAUAGAAAUGAAGUAGCCACUACAGGUGAUGCUUCUUCACAUCUCCAUGCCGAACAUCAACCCGUGCAGAGGUCUGGUCGAUUGAAUCGAGAUUUAAAAGGGGGUGCUAACAUGUUGGUAAGGAGCUUGUAUGAUGUUGUGAAAAGUCAAAUGAAAACUCAACAUGGAAAAGAGGUUAAAAAAGGUGAUGAUGCUGCUCCACCUCCUAAGGUAACAGCUAUAGAAUCUCCAGCAAUAAAUCAGUCAUUUGGAAGAAACUUUUCUUCACUAGGACCAAGCCAACCUGAAUCUGUUUCAGUGUCUUCACCAAGUCAAGUACCAUUUAGUAAGUCUCAAAUGGCCACUUCAAGUCAAACAACAUCUUCCAGAAUGGUUUCAUUUCUAGGAGCAAACCAGCAAGGUUUUGGAAGGGAUCAUUCUUCAGCUGGACCUAGUGAAAUGAUGUCUGGACGAAUUCGACCGUUGCUAGAGGAGGGAGAGCUUCCAAAGAAAAUUGAAGCUGCUUCCUCCAAGACUCCUGUAAGCAAAGGACAACCUUCUGAUAGCUCUGGACGCUCAGUACCGGUCUCCCCCAGUGAGCUGACUGCUUUUUGUAUAAGGGGACUGCCUAAUAAUCUGAAUACAAAAGCCAAACUGGGGGAAUACUUUAGGAAGUUUGGAAAAGUUCAGCGUGUCAUUUGCAAGCAGGCGCAAAAAAUGGCCUAUAUUCAUUUCAUUAACCAUAACUCUGCAGCUGCAGCCAAGAAAGCAGCAACACAUCUCUCUGAUAAUAUUUCUGUUUUCUGGCACCGGAAAAAAAGUCCUGCAAAGAAAAAAAGGUCCCAGACAGAGAAGAGAGAAGAAAUACAGAAAGAGCAGGAAAGCAGUUCAGUUGCCCCACCUGUAAUAAAACCUCUUCUCCGAGGACUGAAGGGAUCUCCUCUUAAGAAGCCUAUGUUUUCCAAGGCCCUUCAAUUUAGCGCUGACAAUAUAGAUGCCCCAGCACCUUCUUCUGACAUCGCAGUGCCUCUGCCUCCUUCACUUCAACAUCUUGUGGGAACUGUGGCUGAGACUUCAGAAGAGAAGUAUCGUCUCUUAGACCAGAGGGACAAGAUAUUGAGACAAGCUCGAGUUAAAAGAACAGGGUUAGAUCAAGCCAAAGUGUUUGUAGGAACUUGCCCUGACAUGUGCCCUGAAAAGGAGAGGUACAUGAGGGAUACUCGAAAUCAACUUAGCAUCUAUGAGUUUCUCCCAGGAACUGACAAGCUGGACCAUGCUGCUGCAGUAAAAGAGUACAGUCGAUCUUCAGCAGAUCAAGAGGAGCCCUUGCCUCAUGAAUUGCGUCCUGUACCAGUGCUAUGUUUCACCAUGGACUAUCUGGUGACCCACAUAAUGGAUCUGGGAGAGGACAAUUACCGAGAUUGGUAUGACUUUGUCUGGAACCGAACUCGUGGAAUUCGAAAGGAUAUUACACAGCAGCACUUGUGUGAUCCUCUUACUGUGUCCUUGAUGGAAAAGUGUAUGCGCUUUCACAUUCACUGUGCCUAUCAGCUUUGUGAGGAGCCAAUGUCAUCAUUUGAUCCAAAAAUUAAUAACGAGAAUUUGACAAAGUGUUUACAAAGUCUAAAAGAGAUGUAUCAGGACCUACAAAAUCGGGGAGAAAUCUGUCCUUGUGAACCUGAGUUCAGGGGGUAUAGUGUUCUACUCAAUCUCAACAAAGGAGACAUUCUCAGAGAAGUGCAACAGUUUCCGGAGUCUGUUCGGAACUCAGAAGAAGUGAAGUUUGCUGUCCAAGUUUUUGCAGCACUAAAUAGUACCAACUUUAUCCGGUUCUUCAGGCUUGUUCGUUCUGCUUCUUACCUUAACAGUUGCAUAUUACACUGUUAUUUUCCCCAGAUACGAAGAGAUGCAUUAAGAGCUUUGAAUGUAGCAUACACAACUAGUUACCAGAGACCCACCUCAUUCCCUCUUGAGAACAUGGUCCGUCUCUUGUUUUUCCAAGAUGCAGAAGAAGCUACAGAUUUCCUUACGGCUUAUGGCUUAAGUGUGAGUGAAAGUUUUGUAGAGCUGAACCGUGCUGCAUACACUGAGCCAAUGGUUCCAUUGCAGCCAAAGAAGUGCUCAUAUAUAAGUCUCAAGCGCCAAAGGUCUGUUGGAGAGGUGGUGAAUGGAGCUCCACUCCCUCAAUUCUCUUCUCAUAUGCCUGUCUGCAGCUUCGAUGCCCAAAAUAAAUAUACUGGAAGUAGCAGCAUUUAUGAGCCAGGACUUAGAGCUUUACCAGAGCCAACAGAAAAACCUGCUCCUGUAGAAGCAUCAACUAAAUGUAAUGUUGUACUUCUGCCUGAAGCUAAGGAGUCCUGUUCUGUUCCUGCUCAGGCAGUGUUUCAGCCCAUCUUGCCUCCUGAACCAACCCCAUCUCCUCCCAAACCAAGAUUCACUGAUGAGGAUGUUGCUGAUGUUCUGGAAGAUAUUAUGGAAGAAGCCGUGAAACAACUGAGUGCUCCUGUCAUCGAAAGUGCGACAGUAUACAUCUCAACUGCCCUCAGGGAGUCGUCUGUAGUUUCUGAUCAGCUGCUGGAAGAAACUGUGCUGAAUCUUUCAGGGACAAUUGCAGAAGAAGAAAUAAAAGCAGAGACUGAAAGAGUGAAAGAGGAAAAGCGAAGGAAGGCAGAAGAAGCCAGGAGAAUUCAAGAAAGAGAGAAAUUUCUUUCUCAGGAGAGCCAAUCCCAAUGUAAUGACCUGAUAAAUGAAGUCAUUUCAGAGAACAUCCACAAAAUUUCCAAGGAGGAGCUGCAGAAAGCGGCGCAAAUUGAUCAUAAUAACCGCAUUUUACGGUGCUCCCAGAAUGUCUGUGACCAGCAUGUUGGUCGAUUUGUGACUGAGGAGAUAUUCCAGGUAGCCAGAGAAACUCUUCAUGAGAUGCAGUGUUGCAGCAAAUAUAUCCAGAGGUGGCGCGAGGUUUUAGCUGCACGUAAAAAAUUAAGACGUCAAAUGCGCGCAUUUCCAGCAGCACCUGGUUCUGUGGGCCAUGGUGGUACCCUGAAAGCUUUAAUUCCCAGUGCUACUCAUGAUGAAGAGAAUUUGUCUAAAGGAGUUGUUAACUUGGGUCUUGCUGGAAAAUUAAGUGUCUCCUUUACCAGAUGUCAGCAGGUCAGGGAACAGAUAUUUCAUCAGAUGAAGGUUCAGCGCUAUUUCCAAGAGUUGCUAAGUGAUGCUGCAUGGUUGCCUCUGGAGCUACCUUCUCUUAUUGUUAAGCAUCUUCCCACAUGGAAUCGAUGUAUCUUUUGGAAAGUAGUCCUUGCUUUGCCUGAUAUUGAUGAUCCUGAUGAUCCCACAAGUGUUCUGUCAGAAUGGUUACAGGCCAAGUUCUGUUGGGCAGGUGUUAUGCCUGAGGGAGAUCAGAAGCAUAAAGUUAAAACACUAGCACUUUACAGCACCUUUGAAUCUCAGGGAGGAGGCCAAGUUUGCGUUAAUGUGUGCGUGAAGGUUGUACAUGGCCCUCUAACAGAGAAAGAGUUAGAGAAAGCUGAGCUUCAAAACCAAUUAUUGGGAACAAGUGGCAUUGUCCUCCUCUUACCAGCGCAAUCCGAUACAGAUGUGUGUCAGAUCGCAGCAUUACUGCAGCUGAAGCAGCUACUGCAAGCUAAACCUUUCAAGCCUCCACCAGCUCUUGCUGUUCUAGUACCUUCAUCUUAUGAAGAUCCAGAGACUGUUGUCGAAGAAGAUCUUAAUAUUUCAGACCUAGUAUCUUGUGGAUUAAUUUCAGAUUAUAAUAUGUUCUCUUUACCUGACGGUAUAAAUGACAUGAAAGGAACAAACAUGGUCUCCUCUGCUGUACAGUUUCUACUGUCUAACUGCCCACAUUCUUUGGAACUUCGUAGUCUCCCUUUCCGGCAAUAUAUAGAGGAUGGUGUAUGCAGUGCUUUUAGUAAUGCUUUUUAUCUUGAUAAGAUGGAAAGAAUGAAAUCUGGACUUCCCUCACAGGAUCCUGCUGCCAUCAUUGACUUGUACAAUGGAGCAAUUGCGUUCCUAUCAGAGGCAGUUUCUUCAGAAAAACUUACUGAACUGUCCUGGCCUGUAACGGAGUUCACAUCUUCUAGUGGCAGCUCUCUAAUGCCACCUACUGACUGGAACAGUCCCAGCCAUCUUUCCUGGCUAAGGAAGGCUAUACUUUGUUUUCAGCUUCCACAAAUGGACAAGCCUCCACAAGGAGCUCCUUGGGGUCCUGUCUGCUCUAUGAUUAUGGGCUACGUGUCCCAGAUCACACAGUCACCAUCAAGUCUUCUGUUGUUCUCUGAAGUUCAGCUUCUUUUGGAUCGCAUAAAGAAACACUUGUUUGCAAAAGAAGGCAUUGAAAACUUUACACCGUCUGUGCAAGAUAUUCCGUGGGAUGAGAUAAUUGCUCUUUGCAUCAAUCACAAACUGAAAACCUGGGACCCUCCUUUAAUUUCUGCUUCCAAAGUUUCCAAAGAGGAUCUUUAUGUCUACUUCUUUGAGGAAGAUUUUAAAACCUUUUCAUACCCAGAAACAUGGGAGACUGCUCGGGCUUCCACGCUUCAGAAUGUGCUAGUAUCUACUAACAGCCCUGAAAGUAGGAAAAGGCAUCGCUCGCGGGCGUCUCAGACUAUACGCUCUGUUUGUACGUCCAGUGAAAGCAAUGCACAGAAAGUCUUGAGAGAUUCUGAGCUGUCUUGUAUUGCAUCUCUUCCAUCAAAGCUAAACCGCUCUAUUUUAGCGGAGAAAGAGGAGGAUGAAAGAUUUAAUGAAAAACUGCAGCAGCUACUUGUGGAAGAACCUCUAGAUGCAUCUCUUAGCCUGCCUGCCUACCUAUCCAUCCCUCCUUUGUCAGUUUCUCUAGAAAAUUCUGUUAUUGUACCAGCCCUGCGAAAAUCAUCCACAUACAACAAUACUACAAUGUUUUCUCCAACCAAAAGAGACCCUAUCGUUCGUUCCCAGUCACUAAGGCCAUCUUUGACAGACAGUAUGAAGGAGUUAAACAUGAAGAUAAAAAAGAAUCAAGAGGAGGACCUCGCUUUCAACUUACACCUUAGCACCUUGCUUGCCUGUGGCCAAAUUUGAGGAAAGAAGCAAGUAAAAACCAUCAUUUACAACCAGCUAUGACUCAACUGAUAUCUAUUUGAAAUUGAGAAAUCUAGAAGCCCAUGAGGAAAUGGAGUUUUACCUACAUCUAUAAAUAUUAUAUAUAUUUUCUUAAAUAUUAUGCCCGGGCUGUAUGAAGAAAUAAACCUUUAUUUACUUCCCUCGCUCCCCAGCGAUCCUCUUCUUGGUUCUGGUUCCCAGGACGACACAGUGAAGCUCGGCGACUUGCUGUCCACAUUGGUGUCCUGCCUUGGCCAGUGAUUGGCUGAGUGGCAAUGUGACCUGCUUGGUCCGGACCCAGUCUUCUUCCCGGUUCCUGGGCCCAGUAUGUCACAUUGCCGUUCAGCCAAUCGCUGGCCGAGGCGGGACACCGAUGCAGUUGGUGAUUUACUGAGCUGCACUGUGAUAUACUGGGCACCAGAAUCAAGACGUUAACACCCCAUCAAAAUCAGAAGUGGUAAGUAAAUGUGUUUUUUUUUUUCAUGCAGGCAGCCUGGGCAUAUUGUUUCAUAAAAAUAAAAAAUUUAAAGUUUUGCCAGAGUAACCCUUCUGUAUACUGAAGAUUUAUAAUUACACUGUAACAAUGUUAAAACAAAUCAGUGUUCAUUUCAUAUGCAGAAUUCAUGCUUUCUGAAUGUCAGCUAAUAUAUUUAGAUCUAUGUAACUAUUAAGUUGCAGAUGUAUAGACACACGUAUGCAACCUUUUUAAUGUAAUGAAUGUUUGUUUGGAAUGUUUCCUAAUGAUUUUUCUUUUGGAAUUUAAAAUUCAGAUUAUAAGCCUGUUAAAUAUUUAAAAAGGUUAAUCAAGAUUAGGAAAACAUAGUUCCUUCCAGAAACAGCGCCAUUCUGGUCUUCAGGUUGUCUGUAGUAUUUCAGCUCAGUCCCAUUGAAGUACAUGUAAACGAGAUGGGUUUGGCACAGUUUUUGUAAGAAAGCAGCUAUGAUUUGUCUAAUCCUGGAUAACCUCUCUUUACUAGACUUUGAAAUAAUUAUCAUCCUGUAAAUAUAGUAGAGAAUACAGUGAGUUGUCAGCAUAUGGAGCUCGACUGUUUCUUAAAAUGCAUUAUAUUUUAUUAAAGUUUGUUUUACAUUAAAAUAUCUUA